AAAGAAACCGGAAGUCAACUCGAGCGCCAUUGGAAAAAGCCGUCGUUGAAGCGAAGGAAGUUUCCGGCUUUACAGCAGAGAAGAGAAAUCGUUUUCUCCGUCAUAUCAAUUCAAGAUGGCUGAACAAGAACAGGUAGCCCCAGAAGUGCAGGGUGAGGAGGAAGAAGAGAACCCCAACUACAAACCACCUGCACCCAAAGCCCUAGAUGAAAUCGUCAGCGCAGAUGCUGAGGAUGAGAGCCUUAGAAAAUAUAAGGAAGCGCUGCUUGGUGGUGGACUGGCUGGGAAUGUCAUUGUAGAUCCGAACAACGAAAAGAAGGUCAUUGUCCAGAAGCUGUCUCUGCUUGCAGAAGGAAGGGACGAAAUCUUCAUUGACCUCACAAGACCUGAAGAUGAAAUCAAGAAAGAGUGUUUUACUCUGAAAGAAGGCUGCAAGUACCAGAUCAAGAUCUACUUCUACGUGCAGAGAGAAAUUGUGUCGGGUCUGCGAUAUGAGCACAAAGUCUACAGGAAAGGCAUCUCAGUGGACAAGAUGAAGCAGAUGAUGGGAAGCUAUGGGCCAAAGACUGAACUCCAGUCCUUCACUACGCAAACAGAGGACGCCCCUUCUGGUCUUCUCAUGAGAGGAGAUUACAAAAUCAAGUCAAGAUUUGUGGACGAUGACCAAAACGAAUAUGUGACAUGGGAGUGGCACCUCGCUGUCAAGAAAGACUGGUGAUCGCACCUCUUGUCCACUAGCUAGAGCAUUGCUUUCAUGUACAAAGGUUACUUGUUUUUUUGUUCUAAUUGUUGUCGUUUUGUGACGUUUUUUUUAUGUGUUUUCUUUUAAAACCGUCUUUGUAAUGAGCUUCCUCAGUCUUUGAAAGCCCCUACACAAUAGUACAAAGCCAUUCAGCAUUUUUAUCAUUUUGGGCCAAUAGAUUUACGUGUCUUCAUUUUUUCAUGAGAAAUGGUACAAAAGUGGUCUAGUCUCUGAGCCCCUCUCACCGUAUGAUUGAUAUACACCUACAGAUUUGUAACUUAGUUUUUAUAUUUUAUACAUGUUGUUUGGUUUUUUGGGGGGGUUUUUUAUAGUGGUGUAUUGAUGAAAUUAGAAACACAUUUGUGUUGGUUUUUGCUACUCAAUUUUGUUCCAGUUGACCUAAAUGUAGGCUGCAGCAUGAGUCAGUGUGAUUUGUGUGUUUGCUGAGGCCAGAAUUCUGUACAUCUUUUGUAACUGUUUGUGCAAAAAGUCUGUACCUGAUAAUACAUGUCAUGUCAUAAUAUACUUUGUGCCAAUUAGGUUGGAAACAUUGAAAUGUUCAGUUUUCCUGCACUCAAACGCUGUGCACAUGGGUUGUUUUUUUUAAAUUGGGGUUUGGUUUUUUUCCCCAUUUCAGUUUCAGCUUUCUUGAGAAAAGUUUUUUUUUAGUCAUGUAUUUUGCUGUCUUCAUGGUUUUCUAUGUGCAGUCUUGAUGACCAAUAUGUGCAUACAGCCAUCAAAAGAAUCCAGCUCGAGAUUAAUUCAGAGAUUUUCUUGUGAAGGCGCCUUUGUUGCUAUACUGUCAGUGUUUUCUUCAAAUAUAUAUAGAAUUUAUUUUCUUUUCAUAUGGGGAUUUACGAUGCAUAUUUUGCACACCAUCUCAACAUAUCCGACAUUGCUCUCAGUGUGUGAGUUCUGGGAGGCAUCUUGUUGUAGGUUUAGUUUUGUACAAAGUUUUGGUAUACGUGUCAUGUGUUUUGUAAAGAAAAAAAACUAAGGCAAACAGAUGGAGGGUUGUGUAAAGGUAUGUUGUCGGGAAAUGCACGUUUCAACUGCAAUGUGAGUGAGAUCACAGCGUUUGGCUGGUAGUGGUAGGAUUUGCGUGUGUGUUUGGUUUGGGGUUUGUUUUGUUAGGGGUUUUUUCCUACAGCAAACCAAGAAGAAUUGAGUUGAUAGCAGUACACAUGAAGUCAUGAAGUAUGUCGUGUAGGUCAGUCUACUGAGAAACCAGGGCUCUAGUUUUAAUUUAUCCCCUUCUUAUUGUGCACCAUUAUCUUGUCCUGACAACAAAAUGGUCCUGGAGAUGGCCGAGAGACUGCUCUGGCAUUUCAACUGCAAGACCUGAUGUUCCUUGUGAACUUCACAUUUCAUUGAUAUUAACAAUAGAACAAAGGUGCAUUCCAGUUUUUGUUUCGAAUGUUUGGUCUCCUUAAAUCCUCGUAGGGAAGAAUCAGACUGUCUUAAGUAUGCUAGAUUUUUAAAGUUAUUUCCGCUUUACAAACUUUGACAAAUGGCACAAAAAAACUGUGGCUGUUUUUUAUUAGAAAAAAAAAAAUCCUUCUGUAAAUUUACUAGCAAGAUUGUUCUGGUGUGUUGGAGCUAGCGCGUGUUGUGCUGUCCCAUUACGUCGAUCGUGUGCCGUGAAGGCACCGUGUUCGGUCCUUCUCUCAUGUUUCAGCUGUAGACCUUCUGACCACUGGCCCAUUCACCAUGUAGAGAAAGGGCUUCAGCAUGGUGGUCAUAUCUUCACUAUCAUUUUCCUCUGGUCAAUUCAAUAAUCUCCUGUACGUCACUUUUGUUCUCAUUUUCCACUGCUUUUAUCUGCUAUCAUGUUUUUACAGCUAUGUUACAGCUGCACAUAGCCUAUUUUUGUACGGACGUGCCUUUUUUCUACUCUGAUUUCUCAACAUAAUCUUUAAGGUAAGACUAGUUUAAAACUCAUCAGGUACAAAGCUGCUUUUUUUUUUUUUUUUUCCCCCCUUCCCCUUCCCCCUUCCUUCAUGAAAGAAACAUAAUAUUGAGCUUGGCUGUUUUGACAUAAUCAUUGACUAUAUAUAUCUAUACUAUAAUUAUAAUGCUGUCUUUUCUCACUGCUGUUUCUUGUACUGUCAACUGUGCUGUGCUGCUUCUCUCCCCUCAAGCCUGGCUUGACUUUUCCCUUCACAAAUUGUGCAGCAGUUUUUGCAUUCCCAGUCUCUGGGUCUGACCAUUAAACGAAACAAACAAAAAAAAAACCUUACCCAAUACGCAUUUUGUCUUUGCUUUUGCUUGUGAGCCCAUGUGGAUUGAAAACACAUCAUGUCCGUGUUAGUGUUGCCUUUUGAAAAUUGCUGCUUUUUGGUUCAGUUCUACUAUUGUGUGUUUUAAUUUGGGGUUUUUGGGGGGGAUUUUUAAAACAAUGUUGCUGUUCAACAUGUCGAGCUAGCUCAAACACUUUUCUGGCUGCAAAUAGAAAGUGUCGGACAGAGCAGGAUCUAUAGAGGCAGGUGUCCCCGCAUUUUGUAAGGCAGCCACCAUCUUACUGAACUAACUUCUAGUUCUAUUAUGCAAGAAUUUGCUGGCUUUGUCAGACAGGUUUCGCUUUCAUCAUCUUGUCUUCAUGUGCAUGGAGAAUACAUAUGAUAUAUAUAUACACACUUUUCAAAUGUUUCACAA